CUGUGGGAACGCAGCCCAUCAGGCAAUAACGUGUAUUCUCUCUUUUUUACUUUUACAACAGAGUUACAGUCCCGGGACCUCGAAAAAGAAAAGCAGUUUUGGGCCAGUCAUGGUAAUGGCUAAGGACAGCUUGAUCAUCCCUAUCAAUAAAGAUGCCUAUGAGGUUCUUAAGAAAAGAGAGGACUGUCUAAGUGAUCUGAUUCAGAAAAAGUUUGCUUGUACAUUGACCUUCAAAAGUACAAAAAGCACUGUUGAAGUAUACAGGAUAAAACUAAAACAGGGAAUUGACAUUUGUGUUUGUAAGGAUGAUCUUGCAAGACACGAGGCUGAUGCUUUGGUGAAUGCAGCAAAUGAACAUCUGAAACAUGCAGGAGGCCUUGCUUUAGCCCUUGUAAGUGCUGGAGGGCCAGAGAUACAAGAGCAAAGCAAUCUUUAUGUUCAACAGUAUGGAAAACUCACAGCUGGCGAAAUAGCAGUGACAAGUGGAGGGAAGCUUCCUUGUAAGAAAAUUAUUCAUGCAGUUGGUCCACAGUGGACUGUUCACGAAAAAGAUAGAUGUUGUGACCAACUUCAGGAAGCUAUUAGGAAUGUUCUGAAGUAUGUCAGUGCUCCAGAAAACGCUAUAAAGUCUGUGGCUAUCCCAGCAGUGAGUUCAGGUAUUUUUGGCUUCCCACUCAGCCUGUGUGCUCAAGUGAUUGUAAUGACUAUAAAGGAAUUUUUUGAGUUAAGUCCACCAAGCUGUCUCAGUGAAAUCCGCCUGGUGAACAUUUAUGAGCCUACAGUUGCAGCAAUGAAGAAGGCCUGUGAAGAGCUUCUGGGUGAUACCAGUUCACUUCAGGAAGCUAACUCAGCUUCCCUAAGCCAGCCUUCAGCUUUUCUGAAACAUGGAGGCAUUCGUUUGCGCAUCAUGCAAGGACUCCUGGAAGAGCAGAAGACUAGAUGUAUUGUUAGUUCUGUGUCUGUGGAUGGCGAAUGUCACUCUCCAGUUUCAAAACAAUUGCUGCAAAAAGCAGGUUCAGCUCUUCAGGAUGAACUGAAGUCUCGUCUUAUAUAUUCUUCAUCUUAUAAGGAAUUCAUAGUAACAGAACCGUAUCAUCUGCCCUGUGCGGUUGUACUGCACAUUGUAUGGCCACCAUACCGCCACAGGGUGUUACUGUGUGAGCAAUUAAGAGUUGGAAUGAAAGAAUGCCUGAAGUACUGUGAGAACUGGCAGUGUCCCUCAGUUUCUUUUCCAGCAAAUGGGAUUUGGUCAUUAAUGCUGCCUGUUGAUACAGUAGCAAAGAUCAUGACUGAAGAGGUUUUCAAUUUUGCCAGGGCACACCCUGAGAGGAAGAUAGAUGUGCAGUUUGUCAUUUGUCCGGAUGACACUGAUACCUAUCAGGUUUUCCAGAGAAAAAUUUAUUUAGCAGCACACAAACAGGAAAAAGAGCAACACUACAGUGGAAGUGAUUAUUUGAGUACAGAGUCAGGCAGUCAAAGCAUAAAUGAGACCACAAAUAGUGAACCAGCUAUUACACUUGAAGGGACCACACGUACAGCAUUGGAAGCAGCAGAAUCGUGGAUCCAAAGUGUGGUACAAAUUCGGGAAAGUCACCAUGCUAUUAUUGAAAACAACUACAUUUUUAGCCUUGGUAAAAACGAGUUCGCAGAACUUUCUCGAAAGCAGCAUUCUAGUGUAAGUAUAUCAGAAGAAGUGAGAGGUGGAAAAGCAAGACUGGAAUUUCAGGGCCCUCCUGAUGCUGUGAUUGAUGCCGUGCUUAUGGCUGAAAAAUUACUGCUUCGUAUGCAAGAGAAGAGUACAGCCAAACAAGAGGAACUGCUGUACUUAAUGGGCCAUCCAGAAGCAGGUCAGCUUUCAGAAGGACACCUUCACAAGACAAAUACUACUAUAUGCGUUGAAAUCUCACCGGUGGAAUCACACCUUCAGGAGUUUAAAGACAGACAGAAACAGUUUGAAAGAGCUGGGCUUCACAUUCUCAAGAUUGAAAAGAUACAUAAUCCUCUUUUAUCUGCUGCAUUCGAACGAAUGAAAACAAAAGUAGAAGAAAACCAAUGUACGUCCAAAAUAACCCACAGGUUGUACCAGUGUGUUCCUGCUCAGUUCUGUAGCUCGGUAUGCCGGUCUGGAUUUCACAGGAUGUACUCUCCUCCAACAGAACAAAAAUAUGGAGCUGGCAUCUACUUUAAAAGAAACGCAAAAAGCCUGAUUGAGGAUAACGAUACACGGAAAACAGACUCUAAAAUGUAUGUGUUUGAGGCUGAUGUAGUAACAGGCUUAUACACUAAAGGCAAGCUGUGUUAUAUUAUUCCACCAACAGUGAAGGGGGAUGCCACUAAACUAUAUGACAGUUUAGUAGAUGAUAUAAACAAUCCUGAAACCUUUGUCAUUUUCAACAGUGUUGGGGCACUUCCAGAAUAUUUGUUGACUUGUUCCCCAGUGAGGGAAAAGUAUGUGGCCCUCUGAGGAAACCAGCAGCAUCCAGAGUGAGAAUUAAUCAGACCUGUAGCUAUUGUGAGGACCCCCUCAGAACAAAGUUUAGUACUUAUUUUAAGAGGAUGCUCUACCUAGUAACAUGCUGUGAUCAAAGUGCCUCCUGCAAAGUGAACACAAAAAAUCAGUCAGUACCUUAAGGAGAUUAGAAUGAAACAAUCUGUGAGUGGAAAGAGAAGGGAAAGCAUCACAAAAUACAGUUUAACAUUAAUCUGUUAAAUGUUCAAUCUAUAAACAUUCCUUUAUGCCUUAAAGUGUUCAGAGCAUGUGACUAUACACUUGAUGCUUGCGUAGGCUGUCAUUCUUCCAUUGCAUUUUCUUGAUCUGAAAUCUUGCAUAUGUUAGCAAAACCCAAGAAAGCUUGGUUGUUUGAUUGUUAAAUCUUCUUUUGACUUAAAUAGGUCAACGUAUCAGGUGAAUGCUGUUUCCCACUUAGGGACGUGCUAUUAAAUACACAGUUAUGACAAAUGUGAGGCAAAGCUUCAUGAUUUACAACAGUAUUUGCUGUCAGAAGUUUCUAUUAGUUAAGAUAUUCCAAGCUUUGUAGAUACAUGUAUUCAAAAUAAAAAGUUUGAGUGACACUGUUAACCUGUUAUUUUUCCAUAUAGACUUAAGAAUGUGACUUGGACUGUAUUUGAGCUUCAGAUUUCUCAGUGUGUUCGAUCUCUUUUAAAGGCUACAAAAUAGUAAAGAACUAGUUCAAGCUACAGCUUGAAACUGCUCUUCAAAUAAUCCGCCUUUACCAAUAUCUGUUAAAGAUUACAGUGUCAGCCUUGUAGUUAGGUAUCCCCAUGUUGCUUCUGUGUGACCUGAAGCCAGUAGAUAGAAAAGCCUAAGAGCUAUUAUAUCAGUGUAAAAGGGGAUUCAGUCCAGCUCUCACAUACUUUGAAACUUUCUGUACUGAAGCUUGAAACAAUGUCUGACAUUAGCAGGGUUUAAAACAAAUCUAUUGCCCCAAGUAAAAAGGUACUACCAGAUUUGUCCAAUCUGAAGCAUUUAAAACCAUCAGUUAUGGCCCUAACUAAACACCCAAAUGGCUUAUAACAGUACUGUAACACAGAAAUAAAGGCUUGUCUGUCCAUAUCAGGUCUGCUUAUAGACUGAAAACUCACCUAUGGUUAAAACUGUAAUUAUCUGGGGAGAAGAAGGGCUCGAAUAAAACUAUUAAAAAGCCAGUGAUGUUGUCAUAUGAAAAGCAUUUAAUCCACAUGUAAAGCACUGUGCUAAUGGAGAGCAGCUGGAACCCUAAAACGUUGAUAAAAUUAGUGAUUAAUAAAACUUUUCAAAAUAAGUUGUUAAUGAAUUCUCAGCACAUUUGUACUGCACCUACAACUCCCAACAUAGUAGUCAUAGUGCCAGGAACCACUCGCAAGUCCAAAAGAAACUAAGUUAGUUAUAAGUCUAAUUCUGAAUUAAGUGAGGUUGCAAGUGGAAAACUACUUUUAACCAUUGCAAAACAAGCUUUUAAAUUAUUAUAUUAAUAUUUUGUUUGGGUUUUUUAAAAUUAUGUAGCUAUGUCUACAUUGUUGCAAAAGAGUAGCUAGUAUGCUCUAGUAUAAUAUUAAAUGGGCAAAACCCCCAUGAACUUGUAAGAACCAUCUAACACGUAUGAGUCUUGUUCUCACAGAAAUCCCAAGGUUGCUUUUAGUUAGUGUGUUGGAAGUUUGAAAACAGAAAUAGUCUACUCCUAUUUUAACUUCUCCAUUUAAGCAAUGAAUUAUUUCUGUUCCUUUAUUUUUGUCCCAUUUUUUCUCGUUUUUCUUGAUUCACACAUUACUACCAGGAAAACACACAGCCGUAGAUUUAAGAUUUGUUAGACAGCACUGAACAAAAAUAAGCUCUUAUUUCAGCUUGCUUCAAGAGGUUUCAUUUUCAUGGCAGGAAUUUUUUUUUCCUGUUUUCUUUUUUGAAAAAACUCUGUACAGUUUGUGAACUACUGCAACAAUUUCUAACACGUAUCAGUUUCCAGAAAACUGUAUGGAUCUUUUUUUUUUUUUUGGCACAAUGUAAUAACUUUUCUCCUACUUGGAAUAAAGAAGAGUUUUCAUAGCUCAUAUAUUUUAAUACUGUUACACAAGUACUAGUAACAAUGUAUUUCAUUAAUAACCUUUUCAUUAGCUUUGUAACUCCUCUUAACUGCAUCUGAAAAACUUGGGUAGUCAGUUUAAUA